GAGCUGGUCUGCUGUCAUCUACCUUGAGAUAUUCUUCAACCAGAGAUGGCCUAAACAAUCCUCAUUCAUCUUUACCUAAAAAUUAUUUUAUAAAUAAAUAAAAGGAAUAUCUCCCCUUCCAUGUAAGUUAAAUGGAAUUCCAUUUCUUUUGAAUUUGUUUAAAAAGGAGUGGAAUAACCAAGGAAAUAAAGCAAGAGAAGGAACCUUUGGAGAGGAGAGGAUGAACAUACCAUCUGUUUUCAUUUGUGUAUAUUCCUCUCAAUAGAUCUUGUUAUCAUCAAUUUUCCCAUCUAUUUCCCUCCUUCAACUUGGGAUCCGAUGAUUUUGGAUCGAAUCCAGCAUUUCGCACUUAGCAUUUGAUCACUCACUGCUACUGCUUCCUGCUCGAAUAAGUUUUGCUAGGUUGUGAAGGAGCAGCGUGAGUUAAUCUGCAGCAAGGAUGGAAACUGACCAAGGCAAACUAUUUAUUGGUGGGAUUUCUUGGGACACUAAUGAGGAUCGUCUUAAAGAGUAUUUUGGAGCAUAUGGAAAUGUUGUGGAGGCUGUGAUCAUGAAGGAUCGAACCACAGGACGUGCUCGUGGAUUUGGCUUUGUAGUCUUUGCCGACCCUGCAGUUGCUGAAAGGGUGGUUGCGGAGAAACACAUGAUUGAUGGUCGAACUGUGGAAGCAAAGAAAGCAGUUCCAAGGGAUGACCAGCACUUGAUAAAUAGAAGUAGCAGCAGCAGCAUUCAGGGGUCACCAGGGCCUGGACGCACUAAAAAGAUUUUUGUAGGAGGAUUAGCAUCUACUGUCACUGAGAGUGACUUUAAAACCUACUUCGAUCAGUUUGGGACCAUAACAGAUGUUGUGGUCAUGUAUGACCACAACACUCAGAGGCCAAGAGGUUUUGGUUUCAUAACAUAUGAUUCUGAGGAUGCAGUGGAUAGGGUGUUGCACAAAACCUUUCAUGAACUCAAUGGAAAGAUGGUUGAGGUCAAGCGAGCAGUUCCUAAAGAAUUGUCUCCUGGCCCAAACAGGAGCCCACUAGUUGGUUACAACUACGGUUUUAGUAGAGGGAAUAACUUCCUCAAUAGCUACCCACAAGGAUAUGGCUCACUUGGAGGCUAUAGUGUCCGGAUGGAUGGAAGAUACAGUCCUCUGGCUAGUGGCCGUGCUGGAUUUUCUCAUUUCGGUUCUCCAUCUUAUGGUGUGGGAGUGAACAUGGAACAAGGUUUGAAUGCUGGGUUUGGUGGGGGCUCUAACUUUGGCGGCAAUGUAGGCUUUGGCCGUGUCCUGAACCCAUACUUUGGAAGUAGCCAGAGCAGGUAUAGUACUCCUAUUGGCUACAAUGCAAAUAGCAGCCGUGGUGACUCUUUCCUCAACUCAUCACCCAGAAAUGUUUGGGGAAAUGGUGGCCUUAAUGCUUCAGCAAAUAAUGCCAACUCUGGUUCAUACUUUGGUUCUGGAAGUGGUGGUGGUUUUGGAGUCUUUAGAAACAAUGGAACAAAUUGGGGUACUUCUCCUAAUGCUGCCUCACUUGGGGGAAGUUCUUCUGGGUUCAGCGGGGGUAAUGUUGGUUAUAGAGGCGGAGAAAAUAGCUAUGCUCUUGGAGCAGGAGGGUUUGGAAGGAACACAGGAACUGGUGUAGCCACUUCUUCAUUUUCUGUCUCGGGUGGUGGCUAUGAGGGAUCCUAUGGAGACUUUUACCGUGGUAGCUCUGUUUAUGGUGAUCCUACUUGGCAAACUACAUCUUCUGAGCUUGAUCAUUCUGGGUCAUUUGGUUAUGCUCUUGGAAAUUCUGAAGAUGUGGCUGACAAAGAUUCUGAGGAUUAUGGAGUGGCCUAUGACAUUCCAAAUAGACAAUCCAAUAGAGGCUUAUAGGAGGGGUUUAGAUAAGCUGUGGUUUCUCUAAGUAGAGGAAUAUCUGCAUAGGAACUGAGUAAACUGAAAUGAUGGUAGGAGAGGAAACUUAGAGAACACGUGAACUGUUUAUUUGGUUUCACAUUGCUUGGUAGAGUCAAAUGAUGUUACUAUACGGAGCUAACAGGGUCUUGGAGCAAAGUAUGUGUAUGCUCAUAGCAUCUGUCUGAAGGGAUAUUUCUGAAGGUUUGAGGUUCGUUUUUUAGCAUAACUUAGGUUCGUAAGAUCAGAUGGUUGAGAUGUGAAUCAGACUGCAGAAUACACUUGUGGAACAUUCCUCUAGUUUUAUUUGUUGUGUGUGUCUCUUCAACACAAAAUGGUUUCUACUGCUACGCCAUUGAAAAGGUAGAGAGUUAUAUUUUUGUAUUCAUUUUUCUUCCUGUUUGUCGGCUCUGAAGAUUGGCGGAGUUUUUUGUCCUUCUCCGUCUGGGAUUUGUAUCUUGCCCAGACUGAGAGACUGUAUGUGAGUUUUUUCUGCUUGAUUUAUUAGCGUGAAAUAUAACAGGGAUACCCUCUUAGGUCUCCCUUCAAUAAAAAAAUAUUGAAUGGUAUGAUUAUUUCAUUUCAAUGGAGGUGAUUCUGUUACUGUGUGA